AUGAAAGAAAACACAGUGCUUAGAAAAACGCCGCGUUAUUUUGAUAACAAUGACGAAAAUGGCUCAACUUCAAAGACCACGGCAGUUGAUAAGGUUGAAACGUACAAUGUUGUUAUGAAGCCCCAUUCAAAAUGGGUCCGAAAGAAACUGCAAAUUGACGAGCCAAAAGGUAAAAAAAAUAAAUUUCCCGGGAAAGCGCCUAUUGAUUCCAAAAAGUUAGAGAAACAUUCUCGGGGAGAUGAAAUAGGUAAAGGUGUGAGGCAUCCUAUACAUGCACUUAAACUAAAAAAAAAAGAAAUCAAAUAUAAAUAUGCACAAGAACAAGCAGCUAGAGCAGAUAUAUUAUUAACAGAGAAUGCUGGAUAUUUACAAGUUGAUGAAGAUCACAGAACCACAGGGAUCACCCAAAAAGCAAUUGCUGAAAAUGUAGAUAUUACUGCUGCUACUAAGAUUUUUGAGUUAAAGCUUGAGUUUGGUCCCUACAGAACUAAGUAUUCUAGGAAUGGUAGACAUUUACUUUUAGGCAGUAAGAAAGGUCAUUUAGCUGCCUUCGACUGGGUUACGAAGAAGCUCCAUUGUGAAAUUAAUGUAAUGGAAUCUAUUCAUGAUAUAAGUUGGUUACAUGUUGAAACAAUGUUAGCAGCCGCACAAAAGGAGUGGUUAUACAUAUAUGACAAUACUGGAAUGGAGAUACAUUGUGUAAAGAAAAUGGACAAGAUACUGAGAAUGGAAUUCCUUCCAUACCACUUUUUGCUUGCUGCCGUUAAUGAAUAUGGCUUUAUGAGUUGGCUAGAUAUUUCAAUAGGAGAAGUUGUCGGCCACUACAAUAAUUAUUUAGGCCGAACAUCUGUUAUGACCCACAAUCCUUAUAACGCUAUGGUAUGUUUGGGAAAUUCACAAGGAGUUGUAUCUAUGUGGGCUCCGACUGUCAAAAAACCACUAGCUAAAAUUUUGUGCCACAAAACCCCACUAACAGCUAUUGCUGUUGAUCAAAGAGGAAUGUAUAUGGCAACAUCUGGAGUAGACAGAAGUCUAAAAAUAUGGGACAUACGGAAUUUAGAUGGACCCUUACAGCAUUAUAAGCUUAGAAGUUCAGCAACCGAUUUAGAUUUCUCACAGAAAGAUAUGCUUGCUGUUGGACUUGGUGAGGUUGUAGAAAUAUAUAGCAACUGUUGUACCCAGACAGUUGAGGCACCUUACAUGAGGCACAAAAUGUCAAAAUCCAUUUGCAACUUUAAGUUUUGUCCAUAUGAAGAUGUCCUGGGUAUUGGAACCAGCGGUGGAUUUAGUAGCAUAAUAGUGCCAGGUAGUGGAGAACCAAACUUUGAUGCUUAUGAAAAUAAUCCAUACCAGACAAAGACACAACGAAAGGAGGCAGAAGUUAAGGCAUUGUUAGAGAAAAUACCACCGGAACUGAUAACCUUAGAUCCAUUUGAGGUGGUGCGAGUGGAUGUCCCUUCACUGAAGGAUAAACUUGAUGCUAAAUCAAAGUUACUGCAUGUUAAAGACAAGAAAAUUGACUUGAAGAUUAAGCAUAAAAACAAAGGACUGAGUAAUAUUGCAAGAAAGAAAAUCAUUAAAGCAAAUGCAAGAAAGGAACAAAUUAAAAAUACUCUGGAAGCACAAGAAAUGCUAGAUUUACCAGAAAGGCAAAAACCAACGCAAUCAUUUGGUGUAUUGGACAGAUUUAUUUCCAAAAAUAAAUAA